AUGCUGCUCAACCGUUCAAGGCAAGCAAUAGCCACACGGGAGCCCGGUCCGGAAGACAGUGUAAGAAAUAAGGAGCGGCCUGGGAGGCCUCUUAUGGGCCGACAGCUACCCCACACUACUCCGACUACACUAAAGCGACGGAAGCCGCGGAAACAACACUACCGGCUGAGACAGCGAGCCGCGGACAGGUACCCUGCCCACCGCUGCCGUGAUGUACCGAACCCCAACGUACUGCCACCUGUCCUGGGCUACAUGGAGAAACCACCGCGGCCACCUCUGAGCCGCUCCCCAGGCCGUCCGGGGCAAGACAUCUCCCCACCAACUGAGAGAGCCGCUGCCUGGCGAGGCACCACCAUGCUGGACAGUCCGGUAUACCCUGUGGGCAUAGGCUGA